AUGUCCAACGUUCCCGAGCAGUUCACUGGCCAGGCCGCGAUGAACGAGGCCGACGGCAAGGCGUACAAGACUCAGCCGUGGUCCUACACGCCCAAGAAGUGGUCCGAGGACGACAUCGACAUCAAGGUCGAGUGCUCGGGCGUCUGCGGCUCGUGCCUUCACACCAUAAGCAACGGGUGGCCGUCGCCUACGUCGUACCCCUGCAUCGUCGGUCAUGAGAUCAUCGGUGAGGUCGUUCGCGUCGGCGACAACGUCAAGCACCUCAAGCUCGGCCAGCGCGUCGGCGUCGGCGCCCAGGCCGGCUCGUGCCUCGAGUGCGACGCCUGCAAGGCCGGCCUCCAGCAGCAUUGUUCCGGAAAGGGAGGGAUGGUGGGCUCGUAUCAGGGAAAAUGGGAGGACGGCAGCGUGUCGCAGGGUGGCUACGCCGACUACACGCGCGUCAAGGGCCAGCUCGCCGUUCCCAUCCCCGAGGGCCUCGAGUCGGAGCCGACCGCGCCUCUCCUUUGCGCCGGUGUCACCGUGUACGCGCCCCUCAAGCGCCACGGCUGCGGCCCGGGCAAGAAGGUCGGCAUUGUCGGCAUUGGCGGCCUUGGUCACCUCGCCCUCCAGAUCGCCUCGGCCAUGGGUGCCGAGACGUACGCCCUGUCGCACUCGACGUCCAAGAUCGACGACGCCGAGAAGCUCGGCGUCAAGCGCGACAACUUCAUCGUCGCCAAGGACGUCAAGGCGACGGUCGAGAAGUGGUCCAACACGUUUGACAUCAUCCUCAUCACCGCCCCGAGCGACAACCUGCCCCUCGACUCGUUGUACUUCAAGCUUAUGGCCCACUUGGGCUCGAUUAUCCUCUGCGCCCUCCCCGAGACCAAGCUCCCGGCCUUCUACGCCCACGCGCUCGUCGGCAAGUCGCUCACGCUCGCCGGCUCGCUCAUCGGCGGCACGAGCGAGAUCGCCGAGCUGUUCGACCUCGCGGCCAAGCACGACAUCAAGGCGUGGACUGAGGCUCGCCCCAUGUCGCAGACGACGCAGACUCUGCGGGACAUGGAUGCCGGCAAGGCCCGCUACCGCUACGUCCUCUCGAACAAGAAGCAGUAG